AUGAGCAACUCCUUGGAAGAGCGUCUGAGGAUAAAUUCUAAUGCAUUCGACGGCCUGCUGUCGCUGAUACCGGCCAAAUACUACUACGACGAUAAAACGCAAGACCAAUGGAAGGCCAAAAAGAAGACCAAAGCACAAUCGAAACUGGAUAAGCGGAAGAAGUUGGAUCCAGAGCAACAAAACGAGGAGUCUGCGUCUGCGUUAGAGGUCAUGGAGGCGCGCGAGAAAAAUGGGAAGCCGGCUGUUAUUCCGGGCCAGAAGCCCUCUCGUGAACAAGAAGAAGCAAGCAGCGAGGAAGAGGAGGAAGUGGAGGAGGAGAGCACCAGCGGCGACGAGGGUGCAUCAGAGACAGGCGAAAACGCCGGCCAGGUGCAGGCGGAGCCCAAGGGUCCUGUAAAUAGCAAAAUCGAGAGCGAGCAGGAGGACGGCUCCAAGGGCGAGGAAGACGAUGAAGACUCCAUAGACGUUAUAUUCGACGACGAGGGCAACAAGGUGGAGGCCCAGCCAGAAUCCUUUGACAAGCCAGCGGCCGAGGCGGCCUCUGCAGUUGAGGACCAACCUGCCCCGCCCGCCGACUCAAAGGCCUCCAAAAAACAAAACCUUGAGAAGCUGCGCGCGAAGCUGCAAGAGAAGAUCCAGGCUAUGAAAGAAAAGCGCAGAGCCCCAGGUACACAAGUCACUGGUGCGCUUAGCUCGCGCGAGGCCAUCUUGGCUCAACGUAAACGGAAAGAAGAACUGAAGCGCAAAAGAACCGAACAAAACACUCCAAAGGACGAAGACUCUAGCGACGAAUCUAACUCCGGUUCAGACGCCGAAGGCGACUCAGAGACGGUAUCUAAAAAGAGACGCGUGGACGACGGGAUAGCCAAUGACCUCAUGUUCCAGAAUAUUGUAUUUGACGACGGAUCGCGUGCAACCUCUGAUCUUCAGCGCCUAAGGAAGGCCCGCGAAAAGAAAGGUCCUUCCAAAAACGACAUCAAAGCUCACCUCAGUGCUACAGAGGCUAAGCGCGCGAAGCUGGAAUCAGAGGAUGAACUGGUUCAGAUACAACAAAAAGAGAAGGAGAAAUGGCAGCGUGCCAUGCUACAGGCUGAGGGUGAACGCAUGCGUGAUGACGAGAAGCUGCUACGCAAAGCUCUAAAGCGCAAAGAGGCCAAGAAGAGAAAGUCUGCCGUCGAGUGGCGCGAGCGUAAAGAAGCCGUGGCCACUGCCAUCUCCGACAAGCAAAAGAGAAGAGAAGAGAACUUGCAAAUUCGCAAAGAAAACAAGGGCAAGAAGAGAAAUCACCGCGAAAAAAUGAAGCGUGGUAUUAAAGGUGUAGCGCCUACCAAGAAGAGGGCUGGUUUCGAGGGUCGGCUGAAAAGCGGAAAGAAGAAAUAA